UGUGUGUGUGUGUGUGUGUGUGUGUGUGUGUGUGUGUGUGCUGAGGAUCAAUGCGGCUCUGUUCUCUCAGUGACUUCAUCACAGCUCACAGGCUUCAGUUUAUCUCCUCGUCUUCAGCUCUGUUGGUCGUCAGCUGCAGCAGCGCGUCAACAUUUAAUCACUGAUCCAUAAUCUGAUCAAUACUCUGAUCAGUAAUCUGAUCAGUAGAUUCCAUCUCAACUCUUCACACGCCCUGAAACACUUCACCAGAUUAUAACUUAGCUGUCGGUCUGUGUGGGACACAGUAGAGUGUAUACCUCCACCAGGGCCCAGCAGCCAUAUAUUAAGAAAACACAUUCAGAACCGCUGGAUCAGAACUUUUAUCAGGAUCCAGAUCGGGUCGCUCUCACUGAUGGAGACCAGCCGUCUGAACACGUCUGACAGACACGUGAAGGAUUUAUUCACCGAGAAGACGAACAAACAAAAGUGUCACACGAUGUUGAAGUUAGUGAGUUCUGUUCUGAGCCCAGACGAGAGUCAACCAACCCACCCAGCAUGUAUCAGAACCAGCAGAACCGCUUUGUGACAUCACCCUCCUGUAGCGGGUCUUUAGACCAGGACACUUGACACGUGACAUGAGAUCAUUUCUGCCAUCUUGGACUCGGAGUGUCAGACGUCAGCUGACCGUCUGUCAGCGCCGGCGGAGGAGAUGAUGACCGGACUGGACCUCUGGUGCUGAAGUGUUGCUGUGAAGCGGGUUGAGUUCAGACCUCUAGGCUGUUUUAAAGAUGACCGCAUCGUGUUCUGGACCUGGAUGUUCUCCACGUACUUCAUGGAGAAGUGGGCUCCUCGACAGGACGACAUGCUGUUCUACGUCCGCAGGAAACUCGCCUACGUCAGCGCAGACGACAGCGAGGGCAAAAAGGUGGAGGUGGAGGUUUACAGGAGAGACUCCAAGAAGCUGCCCGGCCUCGGUGACCCCGACAUCGACUGGGAGGAGAGCGUCUACCUGAACCUCAUCCUGCAGAAGCUGGACUAUGUGGUGACGUGUGCCGUCUGCACGCGCUCAGAUGCAGGAGACAUCCACAUCCACAAGAAGAAAUGUCAGGAAGUGUUCGCCUCUCCCAGUAAACACGCCAUGGACAGUAAAGGAGAGGAGUCCAAGAUGAGCUACCCCAACAUCUUCUUCAUGAUCGACAACUUUGAGGAGGUGUUCAGCGACAUGACGGUGGGCGAGGGCGAGAUGGUGUGUGUGGAGCUGGUGGCGAGCGACAAGAGCAACACCUUCCAGGGCGUCAUCUUCCAGGGCUCGAUCCGCUACGAGGCGCUGAAGAAAGUCUACGACAACCGGGUGAGCGUCGCAGCUAAGAUGGCUCAGCGGAUGUCGUUCGGCUUCUACAAGUACAACAACAUGGAGUUUGUGAGGAUGAAGGGUCCGCAGGGCAAAGGUCACGCUGAGAUGGCCGUCAGCAGGGUGCCGACCGGUGACACCUCCCCCUGUGGCACCGAGGAGGACCAGGUGUCGCCCAUGCACGAGAGGGUGACGUCCUUCAGCACGCCUCCGACUCCAGAGAGGAACCGUCCCUCCUUCUUCUCUCCGUCUCUGAGACGGAAAGUUCCACGGAACAGAAUCGCAGAGAUGAAGAAGUCUCACUCUGCCAACGACAGCGAGGAGUUCUUCAGGGAGGAGGAAGACGAAGAUCUUCACACCACCACCAACCUCCGCUCUCGCUCUCUGUCGGGCACCGGUCGCUCGCUGGUCGGCUCCUGGCUCAAACUCAACCGGACCGAAGAUUACUUCCUGCUCUACUCACACCUGACCUACGUCACGCUGCCACUGCACCGCAUCACCACAGACAUCCUGGAGGUGCGGCAGAAGCCGAUCCUGAUGACAUAGCCGAGCCGAGCCGGACUCCCUCAGAGCAUCACUACCAAGUGCCUCCUGCAUCGGGCCACAGACCACAGCAGCGCCCCCCGGUGUCCAACAUCUGCUUCACCUGGAGACGAGUCGGAGGAGACGACCACAAACCAACCAGCCAUUCGAGAAGUGCCUCUUCUUCUUUUCAGUUCCUGCUGCGUCCCAGGUCGUCUCCGUGGAAACGGGCCCGGCGUCGGGAUCACAUGACCUCGAUGCGAAAAAACAAAAGGCAUUGGCUGAACUCUGACCCGGAAGGAGGAGGAAGUGAAGAAUGUGUGUGUUCUUGUAAAUAUCCUGCUGCUUUACUCACUGAGACGCCUCGACCCAAAGGCCCGCUUCACCUGCCGGUUCUGUUCGACUCGUCCUGGAUCUCGUGGAGUUUGUUUUCUUUCCUUUUUUUUUACUAUAUCUACUCGGACGUGAAGGGAGAACACAGAACAUUUAGAACCCGCCAUCGUGUCGGCAGACUGGAUCACAGCGAUCGGAUCGAGUCAGAACAGAUAUUUUCCCAGAUUCUCAUUUAGGAAAACUUCUCGUCAGAACUUUAACUUUGGGUUCAUGAUUCUGACAGAAGAUCCGAAGUGCUCGAGUGACACUGACGUUAGAAACCACACGCAGCAUUUAUCUUUGUGACAUUCAGCAGUUGGUUAACUGGUGGUUAGUUAACUGGUGGUUAGUUAACUGGUGGGUUAGUUAACUGGUGGUUAGUUAACUGAUGAGUUAGUUAACUGGUGGUUAGUUAACUGGUGGUUAGUUAACUGGUGGGUUAGUUAACUGGUGGUUAGGUAACUGGUGGGUUAGUUAACUGGUGGUUAGGUAACUGGUGGUUAGUUACAGUCAGUGUUGAGUGAAGGAGAAUCUGGAUUUAAUCUUCUUCAGUCUGAAGCGACGUGAACUCAGCGGCUGAGUGUUUCCAGCUUGGUGAGUUUAAAUUCUGCGUCUGUUUCUAAAUCAGCAGUUUAUCUUGUGCAGAAACAUCAUUCAGACAACGUGGCGAAAACAAAGAGAUCCUGAAAUUAAUAUCGUGUCAUUACUGCUGUAAAAUAAGUAGAUCUGAAAAUGAUUAGUUAGAAUCUGUAGUGAAACUUUGCGUCUCAGCGGGCUGAUGACAGUCUGAACAUGAGAUAUUUCUUCAGAACAGUGACGCUGCCCAGAAAUAUUUGCUCACUGAUACGUUUUAAUCAUGAAAAAAUAACGUGAAACUGUCUGAAAACAAGAAUCUGAACAGAAUUCGUCUCCACGUCACAGAGUCAGUUCAGUUUCAGAUGACAGGACUUGGUUGAGUGUCUCCACGGGUCUGUGACGGGUCAGAACCGACAUGUUGGACCUAUAAAGAUGUUUAUUACACUGCUGAAGUUCUGCCUCCACAAACAGAGAAGUUCUUGUUUUUAGUUUGUCCCUUCACUUCUCGUUUGGACCCGAGCUGACGACACCGCCAGUUCUGCCGCGUGAUGAUUCGUCCCGUCUUUGACUUUUUUCACCACGAUAAAAACAAAAUGAGACAAAAAAAGAAUCACAAUAAUCCAGCUUUGACUUUUUUACCGGCUCUUUGUUUAAAAACUGCGACUCACAAACUGGAAGUGACUUGAAAAACUACUGAAGUGACGACAGUGGAGAGGAUGUUAAAGGGAAAACUGAGAAUCGACGUAAAAACAGGAAGUGACGCGACGAAGCCGCCUGAUUGGCUCCAGAUGUUUGCUGAUGUUUCCUCCUCCUGCGCUCCUGAAGCCUUAAAUCUGACUGUACGCAGCGUCAACGUCUUUCUCCUCCAACAAACUGUCAGACAACGACCAGCGAGGCGUCCAAAGAUCAGCUCACUGCUCGUCUGCAGUCGGACUUCACAGAGCAGAAACACCAGAACCAGAACCAGAACCGCGACGCUCGACGUGAUCUGAAAGUCACAACGAACGUCUGUCACAAACUCCCAGAGUCCUCGAGGAAAAUUUGAUCAUUACAGGAGAAAAUAUAAAAUCAGUGUUCCUCAAAAGUAACCUGGAGAAAACAUCAAACAUUCAGUUCAACUUUUCAUAUUAGAAGAAAAUCUAACCGACAGUUUCAUAAAGAUAAAUUCUGAUGAUUUGAAUAAUUUCUGGAUGAUUUUGAUUUAAUUGUUCAAACAUUCAGAGAAAAAAUCUUGUUUGGGAGAGAAAUGAUCUCAGAGUGACGGACGAGAUGUUUUUAAUCACUGAGUAUUAUUUUUAAAACAUUCUUAAAUAAAAAAUAAAAUAAAAUAAAAUAAAAUCUUCACCUCGAUCGAUCGGCGACGGUUCACUCUGAGAACUUGUGACGAGCGUCUUCACUGUUACUGGACACUUUAAACAUUUUGACAUUCACAACAUCUUCCUCCCUCCCUCCCUUCCUUCCUUCCUUCCUCCCUUCCUUCCUUCCUUCUGCCCAUUUCUGAAAGAUAUUCAUAUGUAAAGUUAGAAUAAUGAGUUUAGUUUUAUUUUUUUUCUUUCUCUGUCAGUAAUCGACGUCUAUAAACUCAGUAAACAACUUAGAUGAUUGAUAAUUGAUUAUUGAUUAAAGGCUGGAUGUUGUUGAGUCAAAAUCAUUGAGCUUCUUUUCACUGUAGAUUCAGAGACAUCAGAUAAAAGUGAAAUGUGAAUUAUUAAAACUCUAAACUGUCAUUAAAGUCAGAUGAUCGUGGAAACAUUUGAUAAUAAUAAUUAACCAAAGAAAACUGAACUGAGCUCGUUGUUUCAUUGAUCAUUAACUCUGAUUGAUUUGUUUCCUUUUUAUUUAAAGUGUCUGAUGACAGUGAAUCCUCGUCUGAUCGACUGCAGGCGACGACGUUUCUCAGAUUUGGAGAAAUUCAAACAUUUUUAAUAUUUAAUAAUUAAAUCGAAGUUGUGACUAAAACUGAAGCCACUUUGAAUCCGUCGCAGGUUCUGCUGUCUCGUGUUUUCAUGUUUGAUCCGACAGAAUCUUCUCAGCUCAGUCAGCUGUUGUUAUUGAUCAGUUAUUAUCUGUGACUGAUUGUCAGUCAGAGACAAAGCCAUCGAUCAAAGUGUUCCUCUGUGUGAGAUCUUCCACAGGGACGAGUCGCCUCCUCAGUGUUGAUGAUGUUGAUGAUGAUGAUGAUGAUGAUGAUGAUGUAGUUGAUAGCUCCUCCAGCUGAAUGUAUCCACGCUGAUCAAUAGAAACGACGGCUUUAACCGAGAAACGUUUGAUACGAGCAGAAUGACAGUUUGCACUGUAAAACGCUUUUAGAACCUUUUUGAAAACCUGUUUGUUAAAAACUUUUUCGUUGAUGUGUUUUUACAUCAGUUCAUCGCUGUCAUCACGCUUCUGCACACACACACACACACACACACACACACAGUAAACGUGCAUGUUUUCAGUCAUACUUCUGUUGCUUCGUCUCCAAACUGUGUGUACGUUUUCCUGUAUUUAUUUAUUGAAAUACACAUUAGCAGAAAAAUCUGAAGCUUGUGUGUUUUCUUGAUUUCUACAUCAUCAACUACAAGUUCUGACACCAGAAGUCCUAAAAGUGCUCAUUUAUACAGAAUAAUGUGUUUUAUAUCACUGGAUUAUGAGUAUUGAUGCAUCAUGGGGCUGAUUUAAUGUGUUAAUAUGCAGCUGAGGAGUUUUUAUCUUAAGUAUUAAUGAUCUGAAUCUACACAGUAACUUGAAAUAAAUGCAGUGGAGUAAAAAGUA